AUGUCAGGACAACCACCGCCAAGUGUGCAGCCAACAAGUGCGCAAGCUACGGUAGAACCCGCCAUCUCUAGCCAAUGGCUUCUAGACAAGCUCAAGAAGACGUCCCGUCAAGACAGAGAAGAUUACCUCCGCAUCCUCCGCUUCCACAUCAAAGAAAGCGCUGCAGAGAAUGCAUUGCAACAAGCACGCAACACCACAAUCUCCGAAUUCGUACUACAGAAACUUCAGAAACUUGAAGGUAAACACCCGGAACACGAGGUCGAUGCGGCGAGGGAGUAUGAGAGAAUGACGAGGUGGAAGCUGCUAGUUGAGAAGGCUGUCAGUGAUGCUAAGCAUGAGGGUCUCAUGGAGUUGGUUAGGAGGGUUGAGGAGCUCACGGAUGAGGGUGGGGGAAUUUAG